GGCUUCUGGCCUCCAGGUGAAAAAUGUCGCAGCUUCAUUGACCUGGCCCCAGCAUCGGAGAAGGGGGUCCUGUGGCUGUCGGUGGUCUCCGAGGUGCUCUAUAUCCUCCUGCUGGUGGUUGGCUUCAGCCUCAUGUGUCUCGAGCUCUUCCACUCUAGCAAUGUCAUCGACGGGCUCAAGCUCAACGCCUUCGCAGCUGUCUUCACGGUGCUGUCAGGCCUCCUGGGAAUGGUAGCACACAUGAUGUACACGCAAGUGUUCCAGGUCACUGUGAGCCUCGGCCCUGAAGACUGGAGACCCCACUCCUGGGACUACGGGUGGUCCUUCUGCCUGGCGUGGGGCUCCUUCACCUGCUGCAUGGCGGCCUCUGUCACCACACUCAACUCCUACACCAAGACGGUCAUUGAGUUCCGGCACAAGCGCAAGGUCUUUGAGCAGGGCUACCGGGAGGAGCCGACCUUCAUAGACCCUGAGGCCAUCAAGUACUUCCGGGAGAGGAUCGAGAAGGGGGAUGGGCACGAGGAGGAGGACCUGCGCCUAGAUUGUCGCCACGAGAGAUACGCUGCCCGACACCAUCCACACAUGGGGGAUUCCUGGCCCCGGAGCUCUGCCCAGGAGGUACCAGAGCUGAACCGCCAGUGCUGGGUCCUGGGGCACUGGGUGUGACUGAGACCCAGCGUGGCCCCCAGACCUCAGGCUGUCAUUGGAACCAGCCCCCCGCCAGAAGAUCGCUGGUCUGGUGCCCCUGGAAAGCUGGCCUGUGUGCUGUGAACUCAGCCAGCCUGUGUGGGAGACACAGGCCUGCCCUUCCCACCGCCACCUGGGGCUCAGGGCCCUGGACAUGGAGCCGGGGUGGUCUGGGGAAAUGCACAGGGCUGCACAUGGCGACUUUGGGACAGCAACUGCUGACUCUUGCCACCAUCACACGCAGCGCCCUGUCCGGUGCAGCUGGGAUGCCAUGAAGGACACGGCUGUUGGCCACGGAACGCCGGCCAGGAAGUUCAGGGGGUGUUUGGCGGCACGGAGCCCUGCACGAGGCAGGGGGCAGGUGGGGCUUCCUGGCGCUGGCAGCACAGAGGGGGGCACACAGCAGGCACACAGCAGGGGCACAAUAAAUGCUUGUUGAACCUG